CAGUCCAAUGAUCUUAGAAUGGGGUGUGUGUUUCACUUCCCUCCUCUCUCCGUCUCUGUCAUUCAAACACACCUACUUCUCUGUGCUUCACAGGCAUUGGUUCCUGCUUUCUUUUUUAUCUUUCAGAUGUGACUCUGUGACUGAAUCCACUGUGUUUUUUGGCUCUGGAUUGAGCUCAGGACGUCCAGAUCGGUUUCAUUUCCCACAGCCUGUUCAGUUUACUGCAGGGAACUGUGGAGUCUGAUUACAUCCCAUUGGCAAGAACUUUUCUGAAGAGCUUCUUUCAAUCUCUGUUCAUUCUCCCCUCUCUUCUCUCUCUCUCUCUCUCUCUCUCUCUCUCUCUCUCUCUCUCUCUCUCUCUCUCUCUGCAUAUGCAGCUGUGUGACAUUAUGAAUCGGAGUGCAUCAUGCACACUCAUUGGGGUUUACUCUCUCUUUUGGAUUUUUUCUUUUGUUCAAAGUAAGACUCCAGAUGUCCAUGUGACCUGCACGUACUCUAAAGACUGCUUACUGCCCUGUUCCUUCACUGCCUCUGAUGAUGAGGUAUUUAUUCAGUGGUUCCAGCAGGACGAGCUCAUAUACAGCUCUCAGGAGGACUCAGACGAGGCUGGAGACGACGGCAUUUCACUGUUAACCGACCAGGUGUCCACUGGAAAGGUUUUCCUGCAACUGAAGGACAGCAGUAUCAAGAGCAGAGGACGAUACAAAUGCUUGGUCAAUACCACCAAGACUGUUGAGGAGUCCUUCGUCAUAGUCAAGGUUGAAGCCUCUAUCAGCAGGAUCUCUAUAGAGGACUCCUCCGCUGGGUCAGUGCAGUGCUCCUCACAUGGUGUGUAUCCCGCUCCUGUGGUGACGUGGUCCACAGAGCCGCACACUGAAAACCUGAAGCCAGUUACCCGAAUGAGCGCAGAUCCAGACGGCCUGUACAGUGUAGAGAGCACACUGAAGAAACUGAACCAGAGCUCCUCCCUCACCUACACCUGCAGCAUUACACCCAAAUACAACUCGCCCACAUGGAGGGCCUCACUGCUGCAGACAGAAAUAGCAGGAAAAGUUGGACAAGACCUGACCAUUCCAUGCAUUGCCCCGAAGAAUCUGAGAAACUUUAAUCUCACGUGGACGUUUAGAAAAAAAGGCAAAACUAAAGAUAUUCUGACCUACAACAGCCAAACACAUGUGAUUGUAAACCACUGGGACGAGGAUGCAGAGGUGGAACUGGAUAAGGCUCAGAUGGGAGAUGGAUCUCUUUACUUAGAUGAUUUAGAGCAAUCAAAACAUUCUGGAAAAUAUACCUGUAUAUUCUCAGGGCCAAAAGUCAAAUAUACAGUCCAAACAUCUGUCAACAUUGGUUCCACACAGGCAGUGGCUCAGACAGGAAAGAGUAAGUCUAAUCUGUGGGUGCUGGCGGUGGUGGUGGCUGCGCUGGCUCUUCUUGGUGUCCUGUACUACAUGUACAGAAAAUACAGAAGAAAAUCUAAAAGCUCUGGCCAAGACACAGAGAUGCAGACAGUGCUUAAAGACAAAGGAACAGAUGAGUUACCAGCACAAAACCAACCACUGAACUCCAAAGAAGACUCUUAGCUUUGCAAUUAAACGAAUGAUUUAAGGAUACGAGACACAUUAGAGGACAAACUCAGACACAGAAAGAAAAACCUUUAUAUCAAAGAAUGUGCUAUUUAUUUUAUUCAAUUAUAAUCCGGCUAUGCUAAAUCUUGUUGCACUCUUAUGAAAUAUAUAUGCACUUCUAUUUUGAAAAGAGUUGUAAAAUAAUGUUCAAAACUUUGGAUUAAAAAAUCAUUUGUAUAA